UCCACCCGCACCGCACCGGAGAGCAGCCUCCGAUGUGCGGGCAAUGCGCUGACUUGCCAGUUUCAACCUCUUUCUUAUUGGCAAAAGGCUGCAUCCGACGAAACAACUCGAAUAAAAACCCGACAUCAUGACGCUCACUGUGCUCUCCGACACGCAGGUGGCCGACAUCUUGGAGACGCUCAACCUCGACGAGCUCGAAGAGUUCCGCCACGUUCUCGCCUCUGGCCUUCACGAAUUCUCGACAAAUGCGCAGGCUGACCAAGAUGGCGCAUUCCAGCAGCCUCAUCGAAUAACUACUUGCCAUCCAGGCACCAAGGCUACGACUCUCUACAUGCCAUCUUGUGGCCCCGACGGCAUGGGAUGCAAAGUUGUUUCUCUAACGACAUCCAAAGAUACCCAGGAUCCCUCAGUCAAACCAAUCAGCCCCACUGGCGUCGUCAACCUCUUUUCACCAGAUGGCUCGCCUCUUGGCCUCGUCCACGCAAGCACCUUGACGGCGUUCCGCACGGCUCUCGGCUCGGCCUGUUUACUGUCGAGAAGAAACCAUGUCAAGACAAUCACUGUAUUCGGCAGUGGUAUGCAGGCGUACUGGCAUGUGCGCCUUGCCCUGAUGAUGCGCGGCAGUUCCAUUAAGAACGUCCAUAUUAUCAACCACCGCUUCUCGGACAGCGCUGGUGAGAUUAUGAAGAAGUUUACAAUCAUCCCUGCGGACGUCAAGAAACGCGAAGGCUGGUUCGGCACUAAGUUUGCCAUCCUGACACCGUCGUUUCACGAGUACGACCGCUUGUUGAAGGAACACCUCCGUGCGUCGGAUGUGAUUUACUGCUGCACGCCGUCUAGACAGGAUCUCUUUGACGGGUCUAUUCUGACAAACACCGAGGGUAGAAAGAAGGGCCGUCUUAUUGUGGCAGUUGGUAGCUUCACACCAGAGAUGCGAGAGCUUCCAGAGGGUCUUCUUCUGCAGGCAGUCAAGCGCCAUGACAAAAGCCAUCGCCAUUUCCACAAGCAUGCUGAAGAAGGUGGUGCCAUCAUUGUUGAUACACUGGAAGGUGUAUUACAAGAGGCUGGUGAGAUUAUUACUGCCAAGAUCCCUGCUACAAGUCUUGUUGAAUUGGGCGAACUUGUAAUGCUUCGUCGCCUUGCGAUUGAGGAAUCCGAAACAGAGUCGAUUGCAGAGUCCGAGUCCGAGCAGCUUUCAAUCAAGGACGGUGCUUCUUCCAUGUCCAGUGUCUACGGAAGCUCCGGCCACCCGUCUCGCCCGUCCAGUCCGUCAGGCUCCCACACCUCUUCAGGGCACAAGUCUAGCUUCCACCUACCUUUCCGCUCUAGCUCACACACAUCAUCGGAACAAAGUGAUAAAAAGUCACAUGAGGAUACACUGUGUCGCUGGCUGCGCGACGGUAACGUUAUCUACAAGAGUGUCGGUCUCGGACUGAUGGAUCUGGUGGUCGGCAUGCAUCUCGUCAAGGUGGCUAGAGAGAAGAACAUGGGAACGCAAGUCCCCGACUUUUAGAACAGUAAUCAAAAGUUUUCAUGUAAUUGGCAAUGUAUUAUUUACUUUCUAGCAAAUUCUAAAUGCUUUUCUCUACGAUGAAGCAGCUCUAACAAGAUCUCCAAAUCUACUGUCGUCCUGGGCUGCCAAUGCAAGAGGGUUGCCAACUUCGACGAUGCUACCCUUGUCCAUGACGACAACUCUAUCGAAAUCCAUAAUCAUGUCUAGUCUAUGACUGACAGAUACGACUGUGUAUCCCUUAAAGUCGGUUCUGAUGAUUUCUUGCAUCAAGGUCUCGGUGUGUCGGUCCACACUGGAACUGACCUCAUCAAGCAGAAGAAUGCCGCCUUCGGUCAAAGACUCAGCAGCCAUUUCUCGAGACCUAACUUUGCGGCGGAGCAUAACACGGCCAAGGGAUAUCAGCUGCUUCUGUCCUGCGCUCAAUGUGGAAGGAGUCAUGUCUGACGAGAGACCGCCGCGCUCCGUAACAAAGUCCCAGAGCCCGAUGGCUUUCAAGACAGUUUCGCAUUCGCUGGCAGUGGCGACACCGAAAGGAUCCAAGUUGGUUUGGAAGCUAACACCGGGAAUGAAAACUGCCUCCUGUGGCACUGCCAAGAUGCGCUGUCGAAGAGCCGAUCGCUCAAUGCGAUCCAGAGGCAGCCCAUCGAUUGUCGUAGCUUCUCUUGAACUCUGGAGAGGGUCGAGCAGCUUCAGGAUGAGGGCAAUGAGACUUGACUUGCCACUACCAGUACGCCCACAAAUGGCGAUCUUCUCACCAGACGCAAUUGUUAAGUCGAUAUUGUUAAGAGCCAACUUCGCCUGCUUUUCAUUUUCAACUUGUCUGUACGGUGUCAGUAGUGAUUCCUCGUUAGUGAUAUGGCGUAUUGAGACUUACUCGUAACUAGCAGAGGCUCCUUUGAACGUUAUAACGCCUUGUUGAGGCCACUGUGUGGGGGGAACGUUGUCCUCGUGGGGCUGAUCCUCUGGCUGGACAGUCUCACUGAACGAUUUAAGUCUCGCGAUGGCGCCGAUAGAAGUCUCCAAACGGGUAUAGAAGAUGACGAUGCCACCCAAAGUUUGUCCAAAAGACAUCAAGGUCACCAGUGAAGCUCCGGUGAAGGCAGCGUCAGAGUGUACGCGAACAGCUAGAGUCGUCAGGAUACCAACUAGAACCAUUACGAGUAGAUCCAGGACAAGGUUAAGCCAUUGCUGCGUCAUCAUCAGAAGAUAGGCUGGACGCUGACUCAGGUUGAGCAAGCCAAUGCUUUUGUCCAUUUCAUCAGAAAGGAAGCCUAUUUACAAUUAGCUUCUGUGUGAAAACAAAAUGUAGGGGUAAAGGUACUGACCAAAUGCUCG